CAGGAAAGUCAACGGCAUUCGCUACCUGAGUUUGGCGACGAAAACGCUGCUGUUCUGUUGACAGAAGGGCAGCACGGGAAAUGAGCCGCGAGCGCUGCUUGUAUAGGCGGGGUGGGGGAGCAAGGCGGGGCGCCGCGGGGAGCUUUAUAUAUGGCGAGGAGCCACUUGCUGUGGCUCGCUGGCUAUUUAUCCUUGCUCUCUGCUUUCCCUCCUUCUUCUCACCUGCUCAAGAUUUGUCGGACCAGAACAUCGCGUUGUAUAGACUCGUCUUGAAGUACGACACCAAGCCCAACCCAAAUAACCGGUGGCUCUCGCAAUAGCCAAAAAAAAAAGUACCUUUUAGGUGCCAUCUCUCUCUGGGCAUUGCAGUGCAGCUAGAGUCCCCCUCUCACACACAAGUCAAUUGCCGACCAUGUCGCGGAAACACUUCUUCUCCAGCCCGGAGGGCGUCGUCGUCCACGCCCUCACCUCCCUCGUCUCCCGCAACAAGCACAUGGCCCUUGACGCAAGAGAACGCGUCGUCUACAACACCGCGCACAAGCCUUCCCAGGUCACCAUCAUAUCGGGGGGCGGGUCGGGCCACGAACCCGCGUGGUCGGGGUACGUGGGCGACGGCAUGCUGUCGGCGGCAAUCUGCGGGGACAUCUUUGCGAGCCCGAGUACGAAGCAGAUCAUGAGCGGCAUACGGAAUGUGCCCAGCGACGAGGGGAUUAUUCUGUGUAUUACGAAUUAUACGGGGGAUAUGCUGCAUUUUGGGCUCGCGAGGGAGAAGGGGCAGGCGCUGGGGUAUAAGGUAGAUGUUGUGUGUAUGGCCGAGGAUGCGGCGCUGGGGCGGGCAAAGAGCGGGAAGGUUGGGCGGAGAGGGCUCGCCGGGAAUCUACUUGUCAUAAAAUUGAUCGGCGCGGCCUCACAAAAGGGCUGGGCCUUCGAGAAAUGCAGACAGAUGGGGCAGCUGGGAAAUGACAACCUCGUCACCAUUGGAACUAGUCUGGACCAUUGCCACGUCCCCGGGCGCGAGGCCUUCGAGCAGGUGCCGGAAAAUACGUGCGUGAUUGGCAUGGGCAUCCACAACGAGCCUGGCCUUAAGAACAUCUCCCCUAUGCCCUCCGCGACAGACAUCAUCAAGCAGAUGCUGAAAUACCUCCUCGAUCCCUCUGACACCGACCGCGCCUUCGUACCCUUUGGCCCCACCGACAACGUCGUCAUGCUCGUCAACAACUUCGGCGGCCUCUCCGGCCUCGAGCUCGAAGCCCUAACCAACCUCGCCCUCCAGGUCCUCAAGUCGGAUUGGAACAUCGUCCCGCAGCGCAUCUACGCCGGCAUCAUGGAGACGUCGCUCAACGGGCAGGGCUUCAGCAUCACGCUCGGCAACAUGAGCGGCAUGGCCAAGGCCAUGAGCGUGUCGGACGAGGAGAUCUUCGCGCUGCUCGACGCCCCGACCAACGCACCCGCCUGGCCCAAGAACAACUAUGCCCCUGUCGAAGUGUCCAAGGAGAUGGAGUCGCGAAGGCAGGCUGCUCACGCCGCGCACAACGAAGGCGGGGACAGCGACAAGGGCCCCGCUACGCCGGCGUCUCUCAUCGCGGCAUUGACCUCAGCGUGCAACGCCGGCCUCGAAGCCGAGCCCACAAUCACGCAGUACGACCUGCAGAUGGGCGACGGCGACUGCGGCGAGGCGGUCGCCGGCGUGUGCAAAGCCAUUUUGUCCAACUUGUCGGACUCCCCGCCGCCGCUGCUCACGCUGCUGGAGCACAUCGGCGAGAACGUCGAGGACGUGGGUGGCUCGCUGGGCGCCAUCCUGUCCAUCUUGCUGACGGCUUUCAUCAACGCGCUUUCCGCCGCCACGGUCAAGAACGACGCCGAGCUGAGCGUAGACACGUGCAGCAAGGCCGCCGCACAGGCCCUCGAGAACCUCAAGAACUACACCAGCGCAAGAGAGGGCGAUAGGACGGUCAUGGAUGUGCUGAUCCCGUUCAUCAACGCUCUUGCCGAGAGCAAGGAUCUCAGCAAAGCGGUACAGGUGGCGCAGGACAGCGCGGCAGCGACGGCGAAUAUGAAGGCCAAGUUUGGGCGCGCAACGUAUAUCAGUGACGAUGGGAGCGAGCGGUCUAAGAUCCCAGAUCCGGGGGCGUACGCGGCAGGCGUGUGGUUGAAGGGGUUGCUGGACGGGUUCAACUAAAAGUGUACGCAGUGGUGCUUAUUUGCAGCGAAGUUUUUCGCGCGUCGUCGAGCAUAUGAUAUGAUAUAAUACCGUUUCUACCAGACCUGCUGAGUGCUGCGGAAAGCAUAGCUUUCUGCCUCGCUUUGCUGAGGACAUACACCUCACACCUCAAGGUGGUGGUAUUGGCGGUGAAGUUCAUGUUUGUUUAUCGGUGGUGGGUUUGGUGCUGUGGGUGAGGACACGGGGAGUAGUGGCUUUUGGAUACCAAGCGAGAAAAAUUGAUUUUUGGGCACCGGUGAGUAGAGG